UGGAAAUAAACUACAAAGACUGCCAAUUCCAUAUAACACUACAACAAAGCCAGUUCAUUUUUUUUAAAUCGUUACUUACGUUCAGUAUUUUAAACACAUGAAAUCCCGUGGAUAGUCAAAGUCAAGCAGACACAUACUCAGGAAACUCAGAUCAGAUGGCUUCCCAGAGUAAGAACAGCGGGUUGAACAACAAGGUGACCACAGUGGUGGCCACCAAUGCCUAUGGCGCCGAUGUGAUGACCGAGAUCAGCUACACGGACGCGAAAGUGGUGGGCAAUGGCAGCUUCGGCGUGGUCUUCCAGGCCAAAAUGGUGCCCAGCAACGAACAGGUGGCCAUUAAAAAGGUCCUGCAGGAUCGUCGCUUCAAGAAUCGCGAGCUGCAGAUCAUGCGCAAGUUGCGCCACGAUAACAUCAUCACUCUCAAGUGGUUCUUCUUUUCAAGUGGCGAGAAAAGGGACGAGGUCUACCUGAACCUGGUCAUGGAAUUUUUGCCGGAGACCCUGUACAAAGUGGAGCGGCACUACGCAAGGGCCAAGCAGACCUUGCCCGUGAACUAUGUCCGACUUUACAUGUAUCAGCUGCUCAGGAGCAUGGCGUAUCUUCACAGCUUGGGAUUCUGUCACAGAGACAUCAAGCCGCAGAACAUGCUCCUCGAUUCCGAGACGGGUGUGCUGAAGCUCUGCGAUUUCGGCAGCGCCAAGCAGCUGAUCCUCGGGGAACCCAAUGUCUCGUACAUCUGCUCCAGGUACUACCGUGCUCCGGAGCUAAUUUUCGGCGCCACUGACUAUACCACCAAGAUCGAUAUGUGGAGCGCCGGCUGUGUGAUGGCCGAGCUGCUUCUGGGCCAGCUCAUCUUCCCCGGGGACUCGGGCGUGGACCAGAUUGUGGAGAUCGUCAAGGUGAUGGGCACUCCCACUUCGGAGCAGCUCCAUGACAUGAAUCCGCAUUACAAGCAGUUUAAGCUGCCGCAACUGAAGCCGCACCCCUGGUCAAAGGUAUUCAGGAUUCGCACCCCGGCGGAGGCCAUUGAUCUGGUCUCCAAGAUGCUUAUAUACUCGCCCAAUGCCAGGGUUUCACCGCUGAUGGGCUGCGCCCAUCCUUUCUUCGACGAACUUCGCCAGGAUCCCCAUCAGCAGUUGCCCAAUGGCAGGAACUUGCCGCCGUUGUUUAACUUUACGGACUAUGAGAAAACCAUCGAGCCGGACACAAUUCCACUGCUGCUGCCACGGACUCAGGGAUCGAACACCACCAAGGAGUCAACUACUGCCCAACGGACCCGCAAUACAGCCGGGGAGGAGAGCCCUCAGAAAACGGAGGUCAUCCAAAAACAGGCAACAGCAGCGCUCUCCAAGUCCCCGGAACCUUCGGGCAAGACACGCGGAUCCCCGCCAGGCUUUAUGCGACACGAUUUGGGAAACGGCGACCACGUGGCUGUGGGCUCCGUGCCAAUGGAGCCCACAGCCCUGGAGCAGGACAACUUCGCAGAAAAUUAUGAAGUCGACGAGGACGCCGAGUGCAAUUUGGACGAGGAUGCCGGUGAUGAAAACGACUAUGAUGACGAUGACGAUGACGAUGAAGGGCAGUGCAAUAGCACCAACAUCAGCGACGAUAUGGCAGAUGCCUCCGAAUCAGAUAACGACGAUUUCGAGGAAGAGGAGGAGAACUAAAUAUUCUCCUGGCAGGGUUUCCGUAUAUUUGUAUUUCAAAGUUCGGUUGACCCGCACAAACAGAAAAUGUAGAACUAAUAGUAGUAAGUAUCUAAAUUGAAACACAAGAAAUAAAACUGUAAAAUUGUUUGUCCUCUCCAAAACAAUAUUCUUUAUAAUG